UCUAGCUGGUCUGACAUCAGUACUGCGUACGAGGGAAGCUAUUGGCCGACUUCAAAUACAUGAUCCUUGGCUAAUCCUCCAGCCUCUGAAGAUAAUAACAUGUGUGCCGGAAUUAGCUAGACACAGACACGAAAACAACGUUGUGGAGAUUUACAUAAGACAAAUUCGCUGCUGUCGCGUUUCCGAUACAGGUUCCAUCCUCUCGGGUUCGUUGAGGAUGAGGUUCCCGACCAUCAGACGGUGUCCUGGGGAAGGAGAUGGGAAGAAGGAACUCGCUCCACCAUUUAGGAACCCUUUUGUGCAUGACUUGAGAUUCACCCCGCUCGAAAAGGCAAAGAUAGCGUUGAUGACGGUGACUCUGUUCCCCAUCCGGUUGUUCCUGGCAGCCUUCAUGAUGCUGCUGGCCUGGCCCUUCGCCUUCAUCGCCUCUGUGGGACGCAACAAGAUGGUGGUGGAACCCCAGUCCUUAUGGAGGAAGUAUGUAUGCUAACCUAACCCAUACCUCUAUAACCUUUACCCUUUAACCCUCUGACCCUAACUUCAACUCUCUGUGGGACGCAACAAGAUGGUGGUGGAACCACAGUCUCUGUGGAGAAGGGACAUAGCCCUUAUAUAACCCUAGCAUUAACCCUAACAUUACCUUUAAGAAAAGAUUAAACAACAUCUCAUGGGAGCAGCGGGGACUGUGAGGGGACAGACACACUCUAACAUACACACACACACACAGACACACUCUAACACACACAGACACA